UCCUGAAAGUGGUUUGGCACUCGGGAACAGGCGAGCUGAGACUGACAACAUCGCAGGGGGUAACUUUAGUUUCUUCACUUCGCGGACCGCAGGGAGUCCGAAAGCGCUGCUUAAGAAGAUAUUUGUCAGAAACGCAUGCCUUUGUAAAAAAAAAAAAAAAAAAAAAAGAAAAUCUCCGUCGUCAUUUUCUCACCCCAGAAGCAAUGUUCAUUUUGAAUUUGUCCAAUUUGUUUUGAGGAAACACAAAAACGCGGCUUGAAGUAGCAGGCGUCUGGUUUUUGGGAAUGCUUCCUCAGUCUGCCAGUAAAGAGCAGAGAGUGACGGUCCUUUCUGUCGAUCCACAUCUGAAGACAUGUUGCACCGGACUCUGUGUGACUGGAAAGUACUGCUGCUGAUUGCUCUGCUGUGGGACUGCCUCUGUGCUUUAGGACUGAAACCCACAAGAUGGCCACUGUAUUCCCAAAAGCCUUUGCUCCUUGCUUGGAAUGCCCCGACCGAGGACUGUGCCCCGCGGCAUGCCAUUCGUUUUCAGCUGGACCAGUUCCAGAUCGUGGCCUCGCCCAAUGAGGCCUUUGUUAGACAGAACCUCACCAUUUUCUAUAAGAACCGCUUGGGCUUAUACCCCUACUUUGAACAAGAUGAAACACCAGUAAAUGGGGGGCUGCCACAGGUGGCCAGCCUCACACAGCAUCUGGAGAAGAUGCCGAUGAAUAUUGAGAGGUAUAUACGUGAACCAGGGGCCAAGGGUCUGGCAGUUAUUGACUGGGAGGAAUGGCGCCCACUCUGGAUACGCAACUGGGAAAACAAAGAUGUUUACCGCAGACAUUCUCGAGAGUUGGUGCGCCAGAAGAACCCAACGUGGUCUCAAGAGCAGGUGACUAAGGUAGCCCUGCAGGAGUUUGAGAUGUCUGCCAGGAAGUUCAUGCUGGAGACGCUGAGGCAAGCCAAGAACCUGAGGCCCAACCAGCUGUGGGGGUUUUACCUGUUCCCUGACUGCUACAACCACGACUACAAGCGCACUCUUGAGAACUACACAGGCCGCUGUCCUGAUGUGGAGGUGGCCCGCAACGAGCAGCUGAAAUGGUUGUGGACUGAGAGCACGGCCCUCUUCCCCUCCAUCUACAUUGGCACUGUGCUGCGCUCCUCAACCUCCGGGCGGCAGUUUGUCCGGAACCGAGUGAAGGAAGGGAUGCGUUUGGCUUCAUCAGGCGAUGGGUUGGCACGUCCUGUCUUUGUGUACACCCGACCCACCUACGCUAACUCUCUGGAACUGCUGACAGAGACUGACCUUGUCUCCACCAUUGGGGAGAGCGUGGCUUUGGGAGCAGCUGGAAUUAUCCUGUGGGGAGAUGCAGCUUAUGCGAGCAGCAAAGCCAGCUGUUCCGACCUUAAUGAAUAUCUAAAGGGUCCUCUGGGUCAAUACCUCCUUAACGUCUCCACGGCAGCAGAGCUAUGCAGCCGGACCUUGUGUGGUUUUCACGGCCGCUGUCUGCGCAAAAAUCCAGACAGUGAUGUUUACUUGCAUCUGAACGCAUUCACCCACAGUGCCACUGGUCAGCUUAGCGAAGCAGAUGUGAUGAGAUUUCGAACAGACUUUCAGUGCCAGUGUUACAGCGGCUAUAAGGGAGAGGGCUGCGUUGAGACAGACCCUAUGCACCAGAGAGGGCUGGCAUCUCAAACCAUGGCAUCAGCACUGCCAUGUGUGACCUUACUGAUUAUCUCUCUGCUCCUCUGCUAAAUGCACCACAAAUACAAUAAACAUGAUGCAAAUAUACAGAUGCAUUUUAUAUGUCAACAUAUAAGAGCACAUUAGGUGACAGGUUGAGAGUUCCCGGGAGUGAGGAGUGUCGUAAUUUUUUCUUGAAUUGCUGUAAAAUAUGGAUGACUCAAAGUGAAAUUUUAUAAGAAACACUGUGGAAUUUGGAAAGUUAUAUUUGUUUAUAACUUUUAAUCUUUUUUUAAACAACAGAGGGCUCGCUGGAAAUGACCUUGUUUACAUUUUGCUCUCAGUUUCCUCUCAGUCACUGUUUCCCGAGGUGUCAGAUUCCAUGUUUCUCAUAGAGAGCACGUUUUUGGAGGAAAUGCGAUGAAUGAGUCAACGUGCGCCAGUUGCUGUGUGGUGAAAGUGGAAUUGAUGCACUUAAAUCUGGCAAUAGCACGAUAUAUUUCAAGUGCCUGAUCUUUUUCAACAUGAUCUCUCUCAUUACCUUUUUUUUUUAGAGGAAAUUAAAGUGUUACUAUUUAUUUGAAUGUAUUUUUUUUUUUUUUUUUUUGGCGUUUCAUAUAUUUUCUUUUUUGUCCAAAACUUGACUACUAGUUUUCUCUUAAAACAUUAUAUUACUCAGUUUAGGCUUAAAAUAACUGUCUGCAGCUGUUUGACUUCAUAAGCACAAACAUUGUACACACAAUAUAAAGAGCAAAUUUUCUCCUCGACACUUUGUAUGUUCCACGGUUUUACUGACAUUCUCGCCUCUGUCUUCAUGCUGUUUUCUCAAAUUUGACUUCUUGUCAGAGUAAAUAAACAUUUUUUUUGGAACAUGU